UUUUCGAAAUAAUAUAAAACUUUGACAGUCAUCGAUUUGCAAGUAGAAAAUAAAGAAAAAUUAAAGCGAACGGAGGAUAACAAACAACGUUUAAGUGCACUUUAAUAAUAUCAAAAAUAAGAAAUUUAACAUUGAAAUUUUUGCAAAAAAUUAAUUAAAAAUCAAUUAAAAUGGUUAGACGUGGUCGUUCUGCAAGCCCCCCACCAGCUUCAAGAAGAGUUGCUCCAUCUCCAGCUCCUACACCCAAUGUUCCAGCUCGUGCUGCUCCAGCACCUCCACCGCCAGCUCCUAUGCAAGCUGCUCCAACAGCAGUAGGUGCCCCACAGCAACCUUCCAUGUUUCAACAGAUGGCUGCAACAGCUGGAGGAGUUGCCGUUGGAUCUGCUAUUGGACAUACUGUUGGUCAUGGUCUUACCAGUCUUUUCAGUGGCUCUGACAAAGAAGCAGCAGCACCUACUGCAGCCCCACCCGCUGCUCAAGCCCAACAAUAUGGCGGUGCUGCACAACCUAAUGAACCACAGGGACCAUGCAGCUGGGAAAUUAAGCAAUUCUUACAAUGUGCUCAAGGUCAAUCCGAUUUAACACUCUGUGAAGGUUUCAAUGAGGCGUUGAGACAGUGUAAAGUUCAACACCAUUUACAAUAGAUAGAAUGUUAACCGUGGAUGGGAUUGGUUUGAAUUGUUCUUAGAACUUGCAGAACAAAUCCAACAUCAUAAAUUAAAAUAUCCUAUUUUACUUUUAAUUAGAAUUUGAUUUUUUUUUUUAAUUCAUUGAGUUUAUUUUGAAUUUUAAUAUAGCAAAUAAUUAUUUAAUUUUAAUUUUUGUAAAAAAAAAUAUAUUUCCAUAAUAAAAAACCAGGUAGCAACAGCAGUCACCAAAUAUGUACAUCGCAAUAUGUUAAAAAAGCUUAUCCAUGUUUUAAAAUUUUGUUUGAUUCCUGGGAAGAACAAGGAAAUCCAUUUUUUGUGCAUGAGUCAUUUAAUAUAUUCACAAUUGGUUGAAAGGUUUUUUAAAAUAUUCAUUAUAUAGACUACUGUUGUUAUCACCACUAUAAUAAAAACAA